ACCAAACAAUAGUAUGAUCCCAAAACUCGUAUCCAUUCUAGCCAUCUUUGCAGCAGUCGCUUUGGGCGAUGAAAUCUCCGCACACCUUACGGAGGCCGAGAAGCUUGAAAAGCUAGCCGCUGAUGAGCGUCUCAGUGUACCACCAACUUCCUUAACAGGUCGUGCACGCCUGAAUUACGGUAAGGACUAUGAAACGUGCUACUUCAAGGGCAAUUGGUAUAACGAAGGUGAUAGGCGAGGUUUCGAGUCCGGUUAUUGUAAAUGUAAGUCGAACGGAAAGUGGGUCUGCCAGUUCGAGCCUGACGGGUGUGAGUACGAUGGGGAGGUUUAUGAUGACGGUGAUACUGUCAGAUGCGAAGGUCGCGACUGCAAAGAAUUCUCAACUUGUACUUGUAAAGACGGAGAGUUGGAAUAUUGUAAGAAACCCGAACAGCUCAAGUGUCAUUAUGACGAUCGCAAAUACUCGCAUGGCGAUUGGAUUGUAUGCAGCGGUCGGGAUUGCAAAGACUGGUCCAAGUGCAAGUGCAAUGAUGGAGAGCUCGAACAGUGCAAGGAACCCAUUAUGCUCACGUGCUACUAUGAAAAAUAUGAGUAUGAGAGCGGGAAGACUGUGUACUGUGAGGGUCACGACUGCAAGUACUGGUCACACUGCCACUGUGACGACGGGGAUUUAGUCCAAUGUAAGGAACCUGUGAAGCCAAAACCCCAGAAAUGCCAUUACAACCACCGUUCGUAUUCCAACGGUGAUAUGGUGCGGUGCGAUGGGUACGACUGUAAGGAAUGGUCAGAGUGCCGAUGUGCGCAUGGUAAGUUGGUGGACUGCGAAAAAGAAUGGAAGCCUAAGCCUCAGCCCAAACCACAGCCACCUAAGCCUCAGCCCAAACCACAGCCGCCUAAGCCGCAGCCACCUAAACCUCAGCCCCCAAUCGAUCCGACUGGCAACUACUACGUCUGUGGCGAUCUCGAAAACACCAAGUGUCACGGCCGGGGGUUCAAGCACAAUACUCCUUGCUGUAGAUAUAGUACCAAGUGUCCCGGCUAUUCCGUCAUCAAGUGCAACACUUCGGAGUGCUGUCUUUAAACUCGCAUGUGUGUGUUUUUGCGUAUGUUCGUCGG